UUCGCUGUUUCCUCUCCCUCUCAUCUUGUUGUCCUUGGACUGCGCUCGGCAGGUCGCCUGUUCUUCUAGCACAAGCUGGACAAGGCUGGAUUAGCCGGGCUGUCGAUCUGUCGUCUGGCUCGGAAAACACAGGCGCCUCAAGCCGCAUCCUUCUUGCAGACAUCCUCGAAGUAUAGACCCCAUGGAUCCGCCGUCGUUAUUAUUCGACGGUCGCCAGCAGGCGAUCGUCGUCCACGCCCCUUCCAGUCCGCUAUUGAACACACCCUCUAUCUUCCCCACCCAGUGCAGGCCAGUCAACAUCAACUUUGUUCAUUUCGGACAGCUUCCACGAGGGCGCAAAACUCGCGAAGGACGCAACAUCCCCCGGGCGUCUAGCGGCUUCCGACACCAUGCGCAACAAGAAUCCUCCCUCUCUUUCCCAAUCUCACGCUCUGAGGAUUUUUUUCCCGCCAAGCGCCGCGAGUGUCAUCUCGCGGUCAUCGUCAAAAACCCAUGUCUUUACCCUCCACAGGCUUACCCCAAUUUCCUGACAGUCGCGGCCUCUUGGUCGUCCCUACCCUGAGCCCUGUCUUUUCGCCCGAUGCAAAGGUUUACGUGAGGAUGGCCCCCAGUUCAUCAAUGAACUUUGCACACUUUUCCUUUGAUGAAGACUUCAAUGAUGUGCGUGGCCGCCCAAGAACCUGGGAAUUUAUUGUGUUUUCGUCCAUUAGCGAUGUAGUAUACGCCAACGUAGCCUAUAGCAAUAGAAUUCCUCUCGAG